ACAUUAAAAUAUUGUUAUGUGAUUAUUAGUGCAAAGAGUUGGUAAUGGUGGGAUGCACACGUCAGCCGCCACGAUGGAUCAAAUAAUCUUUGCUGUUCAUCACCUUCGCCGAAGCUCCCUUAACUUGCCGACCAAAUAUUAUCGCUGCCCCCAAAACUUGGAAAUUUCAUCUCUGAAUCGAGAUUAGGGUUUUCUCUUCUGCUUCUUGAUCGAUUCUUUUGUAAAGCUCUUGUACUUUGCGCUUCGAUAUCCGAUUUCCCGCUUCGAUUAAUUCAGGUUCGGGCAUUUAGGCGAUUUUGGGAUACGAUGGGGGCUUUCUUUUCGAGAUUCUGGUUCAUGUUAUUUCCGGCAAAAGAAUACAAAAUCGUGGUCGUUGGGUUGGAUAAUGCCGGAAAGACGACGACUCUUUACAAAUUGCACUUGGGAGAGGUUGUUACUACACAUCCUACGGUUGGAAGCAAUGUUGAAGAGCUCGUGUACAAGAAUAUCCGAUUCGAGGUAUGGGAUCUCGGUGGUCAAGAGAGGCUUAGGACAUCAUGGGCAACAUAUUACCGUGGAACUCAUGCUGUGAUUGCGGUGAUAAACAGCACAGAUAGAGCAAGAAUCAGCAUUAUGAAGGACGAGCUCUUCAGACUACUCGGUCACGAUGAUCUUCAGCAAUCUGUGGUGCUGGUUUUUGCAAACAAACAGGACCUUAAGGAUGCGAUGACUCCGGUCGAAAUCACCGAUGCUCUUUCGCUUCACAGCAUCAAGAAUCACGACUGGCACAUCCAAGCCUGCUCUGCCCUCACCGGAGAUGGUCUAUACGACGGUCUUGGGUGGAUUGCUCAGCAAGUUACCAGUAAAAUGCCGAGUUGAUAAGAGGUAUAUUCCCUGCUUGUGGGAUUCAUUCUUCCAUGUAAUCUUGUGGUUAUACCUCUUUCAAUUCCAUUUUGAUUUCAGAAAGUUGUGUACUAAGUUAA